GCGUGGCAUGGGGUUUCUCCCGGAACUCACUCGUGUAAAACAACACCACUUUCAGUUCCGCCUUAUACUUGAGACGAAUUCCCAGAAUAGACUUUAUUGCCUUCUUAGGAGUUUGAGGAAUGGCUAUAUUCAGUGACUGCUCUGUGGUUCUGGACCUGAAAAAUGUCCCUUUUAAGGAGAAAAGAAAGCUGAUGACUGCUAUAUUGGACAAUGGAGGAAACAUAUCAUAUGUAGUGAACCAAAAGUGUUCGUUUGUGGUUGCGACCAGCCUGGAGAACAUAAGCAGUAGCAGGUGGAGGAGUGCUCAGAAACACCAGACACCUGUGGUCGAUCUGCAGUACGUGUGGAGCUGCCUGGAGAAAGGACUGCUGCUUCCUGUCCAAGAACACGUCUUAAAGCCACAGAGCUCCGACCUCACACCUGAACAAGCUCCACACCCUGCAGGAGUGAAGUCCAGAGAUCGGCUUCAGGUCCGAAACAGUGGCGUCGAUGAUGAGAGAGCCCAGAUUGAGGCGAAGGAUGGUUCGUACCUGGGCCGGUUCAGAUUCUACAAGGAAAAUGAUCGUGAUGUGCCGGAAUUUUCUUCAGAUUUCCAAGUUGCCAAGUAUUCCAUUUUGUCCAAGCUCAAGACCUGGUCAGUUCUGGAGCUUCAGAGUGCCAAAGGCCAAGCAGGACAGCGAUAUCGUGUUGUGAGCUCCAUCAUGCACGAGGCAGAGAAGAGAGUGUCGUGGGAGAAGCAGGUGCACAGCUGUAGCUCUGAGGAUGCUGUGGAGGCAUAUCUGAUGCUGAGAAAGGAGCUGCAGGUCCAAGGCUUCACUCAGACGCAGACAUUUCCCCCAUGGGCUGAAAAGCUGACCUCUCACGGCCUCCGGCAGCUCCUGUUGGAGGAGAAGCUGAACUGCAGUACAGUCUCCCAGGAUGUGGGCGUCUUUGUAGAACUCAUCUGGACAGAAGCUCUCGGUUCACUCAGGAGUAUCCUGACGGUCCCUGUUACCAACAUCAGUCUCAAUGAUGUGAGCAGGGUGGAAGGAUUACUGCUGCAGGUACAGAAGAGUCAGCGCGAGGACGAAGUCAAGGGUCUGCUGGAGCAAGUCAACACUCUGCUACCUCUUAGAAUAAGAGAGCCAGACUCAAAAAACAAGCUGGUGUCCCAGAAACUAGAUCUCUGUCAGCUGAUCAGAGAUAUCCUGAACAUGACGGAGGCGACUUUGGGAAACCCCAGUCCAUCCUCUCUGGGGAAAUAUCGUGCUCUGAGGUGCAGUAUUGAGCAGGUGCCGUGUCAAAGCCCAGAGUUCCUGUGUGUCAGCCAGCUUCUGCAGGAUCGGCCAGCUCAGAUCCAGCAGAUACUGCGUGUGAGUAGAGCGACGGAGCUUCGUAUGUUUAAGAAUGAACUCGGCAACGUGAAGUCUCUCCUCCAUUCCACCAGUUCCAGCAGCCUGGUAGGAAUCCUGUCUCGGGGUCUGUUACUGCCCAAGGUCGGAGUAGAGCAGCAUGGGAUUGAAAGAACAGACAUCGGGAAUCUGGGAAGUGGCAUCUACUUCAGUGACUCGUUAAACACGUCGGUCAAAUAUUCCAAACCCAGUGUGACCGAUGGCUGUCGGCUCCUGCUGGUCUGUGAGGUGGCUCUGGGCCAGUGUAAAGACCUUCACGAAAGGGCUUUCAGUUGGACCUCUGCCCCUGAGGGCUACAACAGCGUGCAUGGAGUUCGCCGUACAGAAAAGACGCACUCUGAUUUUGAGGAUGAUGAAUACGUGGUGUAUAACACCGAACAGAUCAGGCUGAAAUAUGUAGUUCGGUAUUUUCUACCCGAGGAUGAAGUGAAGGACUUUCAGCCUCAUGUUGACGCGACUCUAGCACCUCUACAUUCUGCUCCAUCUUCUCACCUCUUGUCCAGUGAUGACGGUGAGGGUUUGGGCGUGACCAAAAACCCUCUGGAGGAGGUCACUGCUGGUUUAUUGGACAGUAAUGGUCAGACGCUCCCCCUGCAGGCUGUGCAUGUGAGAUGUAAGCUAAUGGACCUUCUCUCUCAGGUUGUCAUUUUCCAGACAUACACAAAUGACAGCAGCGUUCCUAUUGAGGCGAAGUAUGUCUUCCCUCUAGAAGAGACCGCAGCAGUGUGUGGUUUUGAAGCCUUCAUUAACGGAAAGCAUGUUGUUGGAAAGGUAAAGGAGAAGGAGCAGGCGCGUAAAGAAUACAAGCAGGCUAUAGAGAAAGGCCAUGGAGCCUACCUGAUGGACCAGGAUGCACCUGAUGUGUUCACCAUCAGUGUGGGAAACCUGCCCCCUGGAGCCACAGUGCUGAUUAAAGUGACGUUCAUCACUGAGCUGGUUGUGAGAGCAGGCACCAUCGUCUUCUCCCUGCCAGGCAGUGUAGCUCCAUGGCAGCAAAGCUCAGCACUGAACCAGAGAACCCAGACGACCGUUGAAAAGGUCUGUGUGAACGAGCUUCAACCAGAGGGAGAAUUCUCUCUGUGCAUGUCUAUCGAGAUGCCUUAUGAGAUCGUUAACCUGGAGUGCUCUCAUCAAAUCAAAAUCAAGAGGACGGAUUGUAAGGCUGUAGUGAGCACAUUACCAGACCAGACUCUCAGCACCGACGGCUUCCGGCUCAGCUUUACGCUGCAUCAGAUCCAUAUGCCCAGAAUGUGGGUGGAGAAACAUCCAGAGAAGGACACUGAGGCCUGCAUGUUGGUGUUUUAUCCACACUUUGAGUCCAGCGGCGUUUCGGGGUCAGAUGUGAGUGAUGUGAUCGUUGUGCUGGACACGUCGGAGUCCAUGCGAGGAGAGGCGAUGCUGAACGCACGCAGGAUUGCUCUGAAGGUCCUCAACUCACUGGACCGGUCACUUCGAGUCAACAUCAUCUCCUUUGGCUCUGAUUACAAAGAGGCCUUCCCUUCAGCAAAUCCGCUAGAGGAGGGAUUUGAAGAAGCCAAGAACUUCAUUAUGUCCUCGGCUGCUGUGGGCGGAAGCACUGAGCUAUGGAGACCUCUGCGCACCCUGAAUCUUCUGCCUCCUUCACGUGGUGUGAGAAACGUGGUGCUGAUCUCCGAUGGACAUGUGCAGAACCAGCCUGAAACCCUGCAGCUGGUGCGAGACAACGUCAGACACACACGCCUCUUCACUUGCGGCCUUAGCCUGACAGCUAAUCGUUACAUGCUCAGAGCCCUGGCUCAGGCAGGUGGAGGAACUUAUGAGUUUUUUGACACAAAGACAAAGCACACGUGGGCUGAGAAGGUGAAUUCUCAGGUGAGGUGCAUGGUAUCACCAGGCUGCAGUUCUGUGGCAGUGAAGUGGCAGCAGUUCAACCCCACAGCGCCCUCUCCUGUUCAGGCUCCCUCACAGCUCCACGCUCUCUUUAGUGACUCGCACACUCUGGUCUAUGGCUUUGUCCCACACUGCACUCGGGCCACACUUUUUGGUGAUCUGAGUGGGCAGGAAAUCGAGACCAUGGUUUGUACGACAGAAUUACAGAAGACGAAAGGAACGUUCCUUCACAAGCUAACAGCAAGAGCGAUCAUCAGAGACUAUGAGGAUGGCAGCCUUGGCUCUAGUGAGGCUGAGCAUGAGGGGAAGAAAGCAGAGCUCAAAUCCUACAUCAUCGAGCUCAGUAAAGAGUUCUCCAUCCUGUCACAGUUCACCAGCUUCGUUGCUAUCGAAGAGAGAGACCAGGAACAACCUGAGUCCGGCUUUACUGACGUCCCUAAGAUAAUUGCAGAGGAAGAUGUGGAUAUUCUCUCUUACAUGGGCUGGACCGAACAGAAACAGUGGGAUCAGGAGUCCGACUCGGAAUUUUUUCUACUGGAAGAAUGUUGUGGAUUGGAAGUGGAUUGUCUACUGGAAGAGGCUUGUAGAGGAUUUUUACUAGCGUCCGAGUUUUAUGAAGGAUCUGAAUCCAGUGGAAGGGAAUCACCAGAACCGUCUUGCCUCCAGUCAUUAAUGGUGGAACAUGUCUUCCCCGCUACUGGGAGCGUGCUACGGUCUGAAGCAUUUUCCCACACAGCUUCCACAGAUACAAACGAAAGGACAUGCUCAACUCCUCCACCUCUGCAGGAACAAAUGGCCAGGACCACAUCAGAACACUUUAACAGAAAUACGACUUCAACGAAGUUUGAAGCUCUUCUUUCUAAACGUGCACUUGACCUUGUGAGCCUCAACUUGCCUGCAACUAAUUUCGAUCAAGGUCUUGGUUUUGGUUCUGUUGUUUAUGGAUCAGCUUCUCGUGAUGUCUUUACUUCCCCCCAGAUAUCUUCUCCUCCUUCUCUUCCUCCCAGAAAUGGAAUUGAAGCCCAUCUUCCUCGUCCUAGUUUUAACACUCCUCUUAGUUCGUGUUUUCAAGCUUUUCCUGGUGAAGUUUCUGAACCUCUUAAUCUUGUUUUGAUGGAGUCUCCCCUUAGUGAUCGUUCCAGAGCAACUACUUCUGAUCUUGAUUUAAGAGCCGCUGCUCCUACUCGACGUAUUAUUGGAGCUCCUCUUCGUCGCCAAUCUCUUUCUCAUUGUGGUAGAUCUGAAAAUCGCACUUUCGUUGAUUCACUAGGUGGAGAUUGUCUUACCUCUCAUGGCCUUUCUCCUUCUUUUAGUAUUGCUCCUCGUCCUUCACUUCCUAGUGUUGAUUCAGUAGAACACGCUUGUAUUGCCGAUCUUGCCCCUUCUCCUCAUUUUAGUAUUGCUGCUCCUGCUCCUCCUCCUAGUGUUGCUUUUGGUUUUGGUGGCUCUGCUCCUGCUCCUGCUCCUCCUCCUCCUAGUGUUGCUUUUGGUUUUGGUGGCUCUGCUCCUGCUCCUGCUCCUCCUCCUCCUAGUGUUGCUUUUCGUUUUGGUCGCUCUGCUCCUGCUCCUCCUGCUCCUAGUGUUGCUUUUGGUUUUGGUGGCUCUGCUCCUGCUCCUGCUCCUCCUGCUCCUAGUGUUGCUUUUGGUUUUGGUGGCUCUGCUCCUGCUCCUGCUCCUCCUGCUCCUAGUGUUGCUUUUGGUUUUGGUGGCUCUGCUCCUGCUCCUGCUCCUCCUGCUCCUAGUGUUGCUUUUGGUUUUCUUGGCUCUGCUCCUGCUCCUGCUCCUCCUCCUAGUUUUGCUUUUGGUCUUGGAGCCCCUGCUCAUCUUCCUCCUCCUGGAGUUGCUUUUGGAGCCCCUGCUCAUCCUCCUCCUCCUCCUCCUCCUCCUCCUAGUGUUGAUUUUGGUUUUCAAACGUCAUCUUCUUCUCAUCAUCUCCAACUCCAGAAGCCGCCAUCUUAUCGUCCUCUUGCCCAAAAAAGCCAGUCUCGGUACACUGAGACAGUAGCUGAAGCGGACAUCGGUCCGGCAAAAUUAUACGUUUCCAGAGUUAUGAAUCAACUCAUAAGAUCGUGUGAAAAAGAAAACAGUGCUAUAACCCGAAGCACAGUUCCCCUUGUGGAAACAGACGGCGACUCGGUGCAGACAGACGGCGUAAGUAAACGACUCAGACGACCUGACAGGAUCAACUGGGACGAGCUGUUUAACCUUCAACACCGGGAUGGCUACUGGGAGUGUACUGGGACACUGAGUAGAUUCCUGGGCCUGGAUGUAGACUUCUUUGCUAAUGUCUUCCUGAGAGAGAAAGGCAUCUGUUCUUUGGGUGCAAAGGCUCAUGCGGACAUCCUGAAGCUGAUCUCCACGCUGCUGGUGCUACAGUUGAUGCGAGUGAUGAGCUCCCCGUCUGCCAUCUUCUUCCAGUCUCUCUUCCGCCUCACUGACCGCCCCGAACCCAGGCCGGCCUGCUGGGAGGCAGUGAAGAGGGCAGUGGAGUGGGUGUGCUGGGCAGACAGACAGUACCCGUGUGUGUGCAGCAGGCUGGAGUUUGGCCGGGACUGGGAGUCCUGCACACGCCAACUUCUGGGAUUGGAAUCGCUUCCUCCCUUCUCACCUCUGAUCCCUGUGCUCCAGAGAAGUACAGGCCUGCCAGUCAGUCGGCACGAGACAGUCAUUAAAACAAGUACAGUAGCUCGUUAAUAUUUGCUAUCUGUACAGUGACAAGUCCUACCACGUAAUCCUGUUGUCUUUAGAUCAUUUAGGAACACACUGUAUAUGUUAUUUUAACCCCGGAGCAGUUUGUAAAAUGCUCUUCGAUGUUAUAUUUCAUAAUCCUAUCAUUUUCCAGUCAUAAGAAGUGAUCUGUUUUAACGUGCGUACAUGUGACAGAAAUGAAGCAAGUGCCGUGUCAUGUCAUGCGCUUGAUGCUCAGAGGAAGAGGAAUCUGUGUCACCGCUUCUCUGUGGCCUUUUGGUUCCAUUUCCUGUGCUCUAAACGAGUCGCGUUCGCAGGUUCCUCUCAAGUUGAUUACACACUCCUGCUUGCUGCCUUCUGCAUCAUUCAAUUUCAGUCCGUCUGACCUUUCAUGCGGCUUCCCAUCUGGAUUCUCCGAAAUGAACAUUUCAUACCGUCACGGGUUUUAUUAGCUGAACUACCGGGACUUUAACCGGAACAAGGUUCUAUGGUCAGAACCCAAACCUUCGCUGUUGUUGGAGGAUGCGUGAUGUUCCAGGACCGUUUUAUCGCCAAAGGUUCUCGGAAAUCAUCUUCAUGGACUCCAUAUCGCACCGGGAAAUAUUCAACGACGGGAGAAAUCUCCGUGCUGUAUAAAACAUUUAAAAAUGUGUGUGUUUGUUUUUUAAAUAAGGAUUUUUAAUAAGACAUUUUUCAUAAACUUUUAGAUUAGAAUAUAUAUGUUCUGUUUAGAGCUUUAAAAUACAGUAGAAUGAAUGCUACCCCUAAAAUGAAUGCUGAGUAUAUACAAUAUAUUAAUAAAGUGUGAUCAAUAUGUGUAAUUAUUACUAAGAAACAGAAUCUAAUAAUCCGUAUUAGUUAACAAGCAUAAUCAAUAUGUUUAAUCAAUAUUUAAGCUACCAACGUGGCAGCGGCAGCACAAUGGUCAAGCUGUUGGAAUACUGAUCGGAAGAUCGUGAGUUCAAAUCCCAGCAAAAAAGGAUAAAACCUUUCUAAAACGCACCUAACUCCGCGUGCGCAACAAAUCUACGAUAUCCUAUAGACGUGAAUAAUUCAUGGUGGGGAAGGAGAUUGGUUUGUUUUUGAGAAGAAAGGGUAAAACCCCGCCUCACUGUCUCAUAUAUUUUUGCAUGAAAUGAUACUUUCUGCAGACUGGCUUACUGUAUUGUUUAAAUAAAGUUCCAUUUCUUUUGACAUCCAUA